GAUAAAUUUUCUUAACACUUAUGGAAAACGUGUUUACGUUUCUGAAGUGUCUGUUUCACAUCUAAAAAGCUGUCGAUUUUGUUUUGUGCGGAAAUCUUGCAUUGGUGCCCACCCCACACAUUCAUAUCAAAUGCACUGUUGAUUGUUUAAACAUGCGUGUUCGUUAUUCGUCUCGCUUUUUGCAUCAAGAAUUUUUUUCUGUAAUCCCUAGUUGUAAACUCGUUUUACUGUCGAUAUUUGAAUAGGCUAAUAGAAUCUCAGUGUCUUGUAUGGGCAUUGGACUGAAUGGUUUACAUGGCAUUGACAGCUGUCAAUUGUCAUAGAAUAAAAAGUAUGUCUAUGGUACAAUGAAUUCCGUUACGUCGGAGUUUGAAUGAAAAUAGCAUCAGAAUAGACGCUCUUGUUUUGAAAGUGUUUAAAAUAAAUAUGUUGAUGCACUUGCAUUACUUUUAGUUAUGUGUGAACAGUUUAUUUUUUAAAUAGUGACCUAGAUUUACUGUGACUUGUGCUUAAUAAGCUGACUUACUAUUGACCUCUAAAAAUGUCCGACAGCGAAGAUGAUAUAUUACCAAACAAUGUUAUUACAUUUCAGAAUGAAAACACAACAAUUAGCGCGCAAGGGCCUGGUAUAAAUAAAAGUAAUAUGACGGGAUUCAGUUUUCGAAGUAACGUAUUAACUUCGACGUUAAAUAUGGGCGGGAAUACUCACCGCCACCGUUUUGGUAAUCCACAAUAUGAUCAACGAAGUAUGUAUCAUGGAAGAGAAACUUCACCAAUGUCAAUGAGAAGUGAUUUUGGACCUCGUAAUUUUCAGAACUCUUACUAUUCAAGGGCUAUGAGCUCACAAAGAUCUCUUAUUAAUGGCAGAAGUGGAUCGCCUCUUUCUGUCAGAAGUAUAGAUACAACUGCUAGUGUAAGUGCUAUGGAUAUUGCAAAUGCUUUUAAAUACAUGAAAUUUAAUAAUCAUGAAUUAAGAAUUAUAAAAGAUGCUUACCAAAAAUUAAUGAGAAACAAAGUAAGGAAAAGAAUUGAAAAACGAAGAAAUUUAAAGAUUUUUCUGAGAGGUAUAAGAAGAAAAUCUGGAUAUGAUUCUGGAGAACAGGGAAGUGAUUCAUCACUUAGCAGUGAUGAUUGUAGAUCUGUUAAAACUACUAUAUCUUACCAAAAUGCAUUUCCAAGAAAACAAUUAAAUAAAAUUGAUGAGUCUUUGCUACGGAGAUCAAUAAAAGAAACUGACAUAUAUAAUGAUUGUACAGAUAUUAUAAAACAAAACACAUUGAGGAAUGUCAUUCCUGUUCCUCCAAAAUCUUUAAAUAAGCAGUCAAGUCACAUAGACAAUUCUAAAGAUAUCCCAAAAGAGUCCGAUAAUCUAAAUGGAACUAUGACACUCAAAGAUAGAUUUACAAAAGGAUUUCUUUUACCUUCUCAGAGAUUUAAUAAAUCAAAACUAAAUGUUCCAAUAGAUAAAUCAAAGAAUGAUAGUAUUGUGUCAAAAACAACAGAACAAAUUGCUAACAAACAAAUACAAAAUAUAAAUACACAAUCUCAUAGUGAUGAGGACCACAUUUUUCCUGAAAAAGCUAUCAGAGGGAAUGGAAAUUUAAAUUUAGAUCUGCAAAGGAAAAGAUUACUUGAUGAGGAAGACAGUAUUUCUGAGAGAAAAAGGAGCAAAAUAGAUAAGGAUUUUGUACAAUGUGGAAAAAGAAAUGAAGAAAGUCAUUCUGAUUUUGAUGAUAAUGACUUUAUGUUUAAGAAACCAUCUAUGCCUGUCCGUAAAUCAAACAAGACCCAAAAGCAUAAUGAUAAUGAAGUAGUAAUUUCUAAAUCAUCACAAUCACUUACUCAGAACUUUAAUCAUCUUUCUGAUAACCAUCCACAAAAUUUACAAGAUUUAGAUACAGAAAAUAACAACCAAACCGUAAUUUCUCAAAAUGGCAGUGAUAUUUCAAUGAAACCCAGUUUUAUAAAACGGAAACUAUUCACACAAAAAUUAGAUCUCCUUGAAAAUAAAAAUCUCAACAAUGAUAAUUUAGCUGCACCGAGUCCUCAAACAAAAUCAAAUGUAUGUAAAGAGAAGAAUAAGACCAGGAAAUUAGUAACAUCCCAGUCAUGUCUGAGUAGAGAUGUGGUUGAUGAUGAGAACAAUGUUUUGGAUCUGAUACACAAAAUUAUACCGGCGGAACAAAUGAAUUUGACUACGGCAAGUAAUAAGAGGACAAACAAAAGUAACAAAGUACCUGAUGAUAAUUGGGAUGUGGCUUCCAUAGUGUCCCAAUGUAACAGUGCUGAUGGUAGUGAUACCUAUACAGAUGAAGAAAUAUUUAAUCUGCAUAAUACAGUGAAGAAAAAAGGUGAUAAUGAGAAAAAAGAAAAGAUUAAAGCUACUAAAACUGGAACCAAAGAAUGCAAGGUUGUUCUGCAAAAUGUCAUGAAAUCUAAUGCAUUUAGUAAAGAUAGUAUAAAAUCAUCCGUCUCAUCAUCUAUUAAUAUAACAACUAUAAAUAAAGGGGCAGUGUCAAAUUCAGUUAAAUCAUUUUGGGAUACUGAUUUGGAGAGUGAUAUAGAAGGUCACAGUGCACCAGCCUGGAAACAAAAAACUACUGUGAAUCAAGUGAAAGAACCAUUGAAGGAUACACCUAAUGUAACUAUCUUGCAACCCGAAAAGAAAAAAGCUAAGGUUAGCAUGUUAACAGUGAGAGGAUUAAAGAAUAAAAUAAACAAUAAAACAACUCAAAGUGAGGUAAAAAAGCCUUCAACUAGCCCACAAAAAACUGAGGUAUGUAAAGAACUGGAUACUGUCAAAACUAAGGCUGCGUCAAACAAAAAGCCACAGAAACAAACAAAAAAAGCUGCCACAAAUCCCAAUGAGAGUGUUCUUAACACAAGAUCUACACGUAACUCUAAGAAGAUUCUAGAUUGUUCUUGUUGUGAUAACACAUCAAAUGACAGUCAUACCCAAACAAAUAAAACGAAACAAGCAAAUACAUCUAAAACAACAAAGAUUGUCAAAGCAAAAGGAAACAACAAAACCACUCCAAAGGAAACUAAAUAUGCGCCAAAAACAACUGUGAAAACAAGAAAAUGCAAAGACUUGCAAUCAAUCUUAAAUAAUACACAGGAAUCAGACAGUAGUAUCAACAUUUCAAGCAGAAGUUUAAGAUCAAUGAAAAGGCUAGAAAACUCGAAAGAAAAUAUUGAACCAAAAAGAAAAACGAGAAGUUGGUGUAAAAACACAUCUGUGUGUUUAUAGAAAUAUUCAAUGACUAAAAUGGUGUAAAUUUGUGACAUAUAUUUAUGUGCUUGAUUUUUAUAGAUUCACAGGCAGGACCAAAAUAGAGUUUAUUAUUUUAUUAUAUUAGUUUUCACAUGAACUUUGGAUAUUUCCAGUGAAAUUCCUAAUAAAUGGAAAUACUAUAUGUACAGAUUGUGUAGGUACAUUUAAUUUGUUAUAUGUACAACUUAAAAUGUUUAAAAUUAUGUAUU